ACCGUAUUACAGUUAUAUUCUCUUAAACUCAAAAGGAUUUUGUGCGUUUCUUCGACUGUCGUGUCAUUGCGAACAACACCUGGGAUGACAGAGUUUUCUGCCAAGCCGCUUCCUUGUCCCCUCUCGGAACUUGCUACUCGCCAAGAACUCGUUGCGUGGCUGACCAGAGUCCUGAUUAUCACCAUCCUCCCCCCUGGGCCUCUAAAUCCAUCUGUAGUGAUGAGGGGUCGCAUCCGAUAUCCAAACAAUCUAGUGGCCUUCUUUGGCCUCCUCACGUGCUUCCGUGCUAUUGGAUACCCCAUGCAUUGGGUAUCCGAGUACCUUAAUGACGUCGUUGCCGAUAAACUGGUGGCUGAUGUUGUCCCGUACGGCGGAUGCCCUGACAGGUAUCCAUCCGUCCACAUAGGAACAGUGGCGAGGUCUGUGUCGAAAAGUGAACUUGGACCCGCGGCAGGUUGAGCUGGAAACAAUGAUUUCCCUGAACUAUGAAGCAAUCUCCUUUGCGACCAUCUUCUCUCUACGCCGAGAGGAUAUAGGCACGCACGAAGCUCCUCUUCCUCCGAAGGAAUUUGGCUGCGCUAACCUGACGGAGAUGUUUGGCAAUCACUACCCUGUCUUUAAUCUUGUCUUCUACAAGAGCGGGCCGAACGUAGCGAAUAUGAUUCAGCGCAUGGAUCUCGGUGCGAUGAAAGAGAUAUUUGAAAAGGGACAUGGCAAAGGCGAGAUUUAUGUGCUCACAUCCGAAUUGACUGUCAUGAGAUCAGUGAGUUUUACCCUUUGCGUUCUGUUUGACUAAACACGUCAACGUCUGCAGUCCAUCAGUUACUGCCGAUACGUGGACGAAAGUAGCAAGUGAGUGUCAUCCAUGGUCCGUAAAUAUCUUUUGCAUAGCUAGCGUUCCACGUAUUAGAGAUGUAAUUGCCUCUUCAUCAUCUCUGAUCAGUUGAUCUGUGAGUCGCGGUCGGUGCAGCGACAGCCUGCAGCGAUAUUGACCGUGCUCGGGCGUCGGGACCGGUGGUUCCUCACUGUUAGGGUUGCGGUUAAGUUCGCU